AUGACAAUCGUCGUUAACAGUACACAUUAUUAUCCUGAAUCAUCGGACACAAUUGCCCCUGUUGCUGAUGCUGUAAAGAAGCAUAAGAAGUCUCCUGCUUCAAGGCCUGUAGAAUGGGGGACCGGAGUGGCAUAUGAAGGUGGCAAUAACGAGUCUCAAUCAUCUCCUGAGCUUCUAUAUCCCACUGUGCAUGAGCUUUGUAAAAUCUUAAAUUUUCCGGAGGAUGUCAAGAACAAAGUGGAUGGAUUUCUUGAUUUUGUUCUCAAGAAUUAUAAUUGUUGGAUUGGGGCUUCUCUAGCAAAACAUAAAAUUGAUAGAAAGGAGUCUUUUGACCUUGCAAAACAGCAAUUGAAUUUUGAUUGUAAGAAAGAUCAGGUGAAUUCUGUUCACUUGAAGCUUGAAGAAGCUAAAGAGGAUUUCUUAAACCAAAUAGAAACACAAGAGAAACAUGUUGAAAUAAAAGAUUUGAAAUCGCCACCUCAAGAAAAUUUAGAAUCUACUGAAAAGCUAAGUGAAGAGAUGGAGGAGUUGAAUAGGGAAUGGGAUGACAGAAGGGCAUAUUUGGAAAAUGAGUACAAAGUGGAAAAAGCUAUUAUUCGUACUUUGCAGAAGAAGCCUUCCAUAAGAUCAGAGAAGUUAAGAUUAUUAGACAAAGAAUUUGCGAAAAAAAUUGAAGAACAUGAAAGAGAUAAAGAUAAAUACCUCAAAGAGCUCAAGGCAACAAAAAUCUUGCACUCCUUUUAUUCUCGUAGGCAUGGAACCUGCUCUACAUUUUCUUUUAUUCUAGCCAACAAAUAUCAACAGUCUGGUUUCACAUGGAACAGGAAAGAGGUGGUGAUGGAGAAUAUGGUAGGGCGGCGAUGGAUGGUAGGAAUGGUGGUGAUGUUCGAUUGUGUUGAGGUUGCAGGUGGUGAGAUGUAG